UUUUAUGGAUUGGUCGCUGUUUGUUUGAACAUUAUUAUAGUCCAAAUGCUUUUAUUUAUCUAAUAUGCCGCAUAAUGUUUACAAGUUACAAACAUCAUUGAACCGUUAUCGCGUCUCGUAGUUUAAAUAUUUCUCAAACACCCGUUUGUUCGAACAUGGCUUCAUCGGUUGAACGAAGAGACGAUGGAGUCUACCAGCUCCUUACAGAACUAUGCGCUAAAACAGCAUCUAAGUAUGGUGAUCACAGCAAGAUAUCUGAGAAGCAUUUGGUAGCUCUGAUGAGGUCCCAUUCAUAUGGAAUUAUUCUGGGGAAAAGCAGUAAAAAGGUGCCUGACACGAAGGUUGAACCUGUGGCUCAAUUGUGGUCAUAUUAUUUUAUUAGUAAGCAAAACGUGAAGAAUAUUGCAGAGCAUAAAAGAGCGGUGGAAUUGAAGAGUGUUAUAAGUAAACUGAGGAAUACUGAUUUUGGAGAUUCGCAGGAAAAUAUAAUGAGGGUGUUAAAAUGCCUUCUUUGUUUAAAGAAUUCUGUGAAUGUAGAAUAUUCCCAGGAAAUAUAUAAGAACCCCUUCACAUUCGGGACUUUUGAUGACAUGCUUCCCAAACCACCACGAGAAUCCUUUGGGUCUCCGGAGCCGUACCAUUACUACCCGUCUCAUGUGUUUGUGCUGCCUUUUGCUUUAAAAAGUCAAGGAAAUGUGCUGUAUCAGCAGAAAUCUGAAGAAUACACUGUGGAGAAUUAUGGCUCUUCAUCAUUUUUACUUGGCCGUUCAACUACACAAACAAGUAGUGAAACCAAGAAGUUUGUCAAUCCCAUAUCCAUUCCAUCUAUGACAUCUAUGGACUUCUCACCAUACGAUUCUGGCAACAUAUGCAACUUUCCACGACUUACAGGCCAGAGAGAUUUACAAAUACCUAAAAGCUCUGACAGCCAAACUGUCAAGAUAUCUUUGCCAGACAGCAGCCAGCAACUAGAUAUUUUGGAGCCCCAAAAUGUCCUCAGUGACAACAUUUGGGAAGUGGCCAGCAGGAUAGACAAAGAUAUACCCGAGGACAUAUGGGAAAUUGUUUCAAAAAUGCCACCAGUGAACGAAAGAAGGCUCAUAGCGACUUCGACGAGAGAAGUCGGUCUGUGGCGGCGGGAGUACAGCGGGCGACUGUGCGAUCUAGACAUUGUGUUGGAGCGACAGUUCAUCAGACAUGUCAUGUACCUCAUCAUUGGCGUAGAAACAACCUCCUUCCCAUUCAGCCAAGACUUCAACUGUUUCAACAUAAAGGAAAACUUGGCUUUAGAAGGAAUAUCAGUAGCGCACCUUAAAGGCUAUGUAAAGGACUUGCUCCUCAUCGGUACUUACUAUAAACGUUUGUACCAGUUUGCGUUCAAUCAUUCUGUGGAAGAUCAUUUUAGGAGCAAAGGACUUGUGUACGAGGCUGCGCGAGAAAUCGUACGAAGAUACUUAUUAAACUUCCGUCUGACAGCAACAGCGAUCUACGAAGAAUGCACGGGGAACACACAGCAGUGUUUACCCACACUACUACAGAUACUUCACCAUAUGGAACCGCUGAAAUAUGAGAUAGAAACUGUGGCUUCGAUUUAUAAGAUGAUCAAUCACGACUCCAAAACAACGAUCCCAAACGGCGCCGAACUGAUGUCGUAUCUCUUCAACGAGAUAUCUCUCGUCACUCACACGAAAACGGCUGCCACGAUGUUUAGCGCUCUGUUUUCUGUGUGCCGGGUAUACUUUAGAUUCAUCGAGCGAUUCAUAUUCGAAGGCGAGCUAGACGACUGGUACAACGAAUUCUUCAUAAAGAAGGACUCUCAAUACGCGAACAGUCGUUCUAAGCGGUACUGGGAUAAGGGCUUCCAUAUAACGCAGAGCGUUGCAGUACCGGAGUUUUUGAGGGUUCUGGCUAAGCUGAUACUGCUUUGUGGGAAGUCGCUGAGGCUGCUUAAACUGUGCAAUCCAAACGACCCCCUAGUCUUGCUCAUAUCAUCCGACCACCCCUCCAUAAAAUGCUGCGCGACCUUCCCCGCCCUCUCGCGGCAGCAACAGCUGCUGGACGUGUACCGCACGCGCUGCCUGUUCGUGAGCGGCGAGCCCGUCACCUUCCCGCAGCUCCUGCUCAAGAAGGAGGCCGAGAGGAAAGCCGCCACCGAGAUGUCCGCGCUCAAGCAGGCCGAGACGCUCGAGAAGAUUGUCGCUGAACGCAAACGCCUAGCACAACUCAUAGCGGCCGAGAAACAACAUUCCCUGCGCGUGCUCGAGGCAGCAAUGGCCGAAGCGAAGGAAGCCAAGACGAAGGCGAGGGAGCGAGAGAGAAACAGGUUCCGGGCCGAGACGCAACUGGAGAAGGCGACUGAUCACGUCGAUGCUAAAUUAAGGGAUGACGAAAGAAACAAAAUAAUGGAAUAUUACUCUAAGUUGAACCUGCAAGUUGAAAAGAGUAAAAUUCACACAGAAUGGAAAAUAAAACGGUUGCAGCUCGACCAGAGUAGAAUGCAACUUCUCUCCACCGAAGAACGAAAUCUCAAAAGAGAAAAAUUAGAACUAGAACACCAGCAGAAGGAUAAGACCGAUAAUGAGAUAACCGAGAAAGCAUCUGUUGAUGGAUCUGGUGAUGCAUGUGAACAAAGCUGUAAAGAUAAACAAUCCACAGAAUCCAUUUCAGUUGGUGAUGAUGUAUUUAAUGAAUGUACGCCAACUCUGGACGAUACUGACAAACAGGAAUCAGCUCUUGAAAAAAUGUCUACACCAAUGACAGAAUCAACAUCGUCAAUAGUGAUGACAGAUCUAACAGAAAAUCAGGAGUUUGAUGCUAACAAAGCCAAAUCUAUGUCUUCUUCAGACGUGUUCAGUGCUAUAUGUAAUGCAGCUAAGAACAUAUUUAGUCUGCGGUCAUCUGACGAUAAAGAAUGUGAUAAUAAGAAACCGCUUGACGCUCAAGGUAAUGUAGUCACUGAUGGUUUAACAACUAAAAAGUCAAGCGAAGUUAUUGGCGCUAAUCUAGAUAACGUUCACGAUAACGAACAAUAUCUUAAGAUGAGGGAAGAAGCGUUAAAGAACAAGCAAAAAGUAAUGUUAAAUGAAUUCGGACAGACUGACCAAGAAAACAAUAGAUUAAAAGCUCCCGUACAAAAUACGCUUGAUGAAGAAAAUAAUAUCAACACACUAUUCGCUGAAGCCAAGCGGAAUAAAUUAAAAGUCCUUGGCGCGGAAUUUGAUUUAAAUCCGAACGAAGUAAAACAAGUUGUAGCAGAACCGAGGACAGAUGCUCAAAAGCAAGCGCUAAUAAACAAGCAGAAAGUAUUAGGAGUUGAAUAUAACUUACCAACGGAAAUUAUAAAGAGAAAUGAACCUGCUAAUAAGGCCCAAGAAGAAGCAGUCCAGAACAGGGAUAAGAUGUUGGGUUCAGAUUUUGAUGCUCCGUCUCUGAGUGCUAGACGUGAAAAAGGCGAGAGGGCGGGGUUGACUCUGAACUUGAAGCCGUACAGCGAAAUUUCAAUGGCUACUUACACUAUACCUACUCCCAGUAAUGUAAACACACCUGGGGAAUUUCCACAGUUGGACUUGGAAACUCCUACAACCGCCGACAUACCCCUAGGAGCAAUGACCAGCGACGUUUUCACCCCGCGAAGCGAAACCGGCAACAUAGACUCAGCCAGAGUUCCCUCCGACAAGGAAUUCUUACGCGCCGACGGGUUCGACUUCUCACUUCUAGUCGACGAAGACGCCGAAUCCGAAGAACCGACAUUAGAAAACGACGAUGAUUUUAAUACAUCAGUCAUAAAUCCUCACUACAGCGUAACAGAUAGUUUUAAACCGAAACGUAGCAUCUUCAACUUACUAGAAGGCACGUACAAUUUAGACGACUUCGAUCCGUUCGGUACUAGAGACGUGAAGAAGUACAACAAAGACUAUUUCAAUAACAAAAUGUCUGUCGAGGCGUCGGACUCUUGUUACACACAUCCAGCGAUUACCUUUGAGGAGACUAAGAAAAAGCCUUACGCGAAUAUUUUUGCUUCUAAUUUCGUCGAGGACACAGAGGAAAUAACUUGCGAUAAUAUAGCUACUUUGACUGCCUGUUUGCAACGGUCUGUAAUGCUGCCUCUAACGUAUCAGUUAGAAGUCGUGAACAAUGCCAUGUUAACCCAUUUUCUAGUUAAUCUGGACAUGUAUGAGCAUUUGAGAAGCCUAAAAGACUACUUUUUCCUUAUGGACGGGGAGUUUUCGAGCAGUAUCUGCAGGAAUCUGUUCACUAAGCUGACAAAGACUGUGAAUCCGCAAGAGUUGCUUAAUUUUUCGACGCUACACAAUAUUCUGGAUAAGGCACUUGGGUCUUCGAUUACACACGUGCACAAGUUCUCCGAGAACUUAUCAUUUACAAUAACUGAAUCUCCACUAAGCUUCCAACACACAUCGCCCGACGUAUUACAAUGUCUAUCGCUGACAUAUGCAGUGUCGUGGCCACUGAAUAUAAUAAUGUCGCAAGACGCUUUACUGCGGUACGCCAAGGUGUUCCAGUUCUUGAUUAAAAUGAGGAGAAUAUUCUGGACGUUGGGUGAAGAUUUCCAGGCAUUGAAGUUAGCAGUCAAAGUAUCAAAACAGCAAUCCCGAAGACUGCUCGGAUCGCCUCAAUACAUCUCCAUUCAACUCUACAGGCACAUAAUGUCGUCUUUCGUUCGAGCAUUAGACAACUACAUAGUCACAACUUGCAUUCUAAGCUCUUGGACGGAGUUCGAAAACGAUCUAAAGAAAGCUAGAACUUUGGACGACUUGUAUGACUGCCACGUCGUGUAUAUAAAGAAGGUGUUGUUUAGAUGUCUGUUGAAUAAUAGAUCGACGCCGGUUAUGAAGCUGUUGAAUGAUAUAUUUACGGUUAUAUUGAAGUUUAGUCGAGUGCUGAAGGCUGGGAAGUGGCUUCAAAAAGAACAAGAAGGUCCGUUCACCCACACCAGCUUCGCCCAACUUGUCGAACUGUUCCACAUGUUCGAAAAACUCGCCAAAUACUUGCACAAGGUCAUAACUAAACUUAUGGAGUGCGGGUACCAGAGGCAUUUAGCGGAACUGCUUAUUAUGGUCAAUCUGAACCAGUAUUAUGACUCUGAGAAGAAGGACGAACAGAAUUCUAGUAUAGUUUCUAACACGUAACUUUUGGUCGACAGCGCCACCUGUGAUUAUUUAUGAGAAGCGAGUCACAAUCUGUACCACAUGAUCUCUAUAUGAUCACAGUACAAAAGUCUAGCCUGUGUUUUGGAGUGAAAUAUCAAUGUUUAUGUAGCAAACUACUUAUAGUAUACGGCCCGCCUGAUGGUAAGUGAUCACUGAUCACCCGCGUGCCGACAAUGAUGUCUGGGGAUGUUACAUGCGCGUUACCGACUACCAUUGCCACAGAAUAAAUAAUAGUACUUAAGAUCCAAGCUUGCCAUGAAGUUUACUAUCAAUUGCAAGCUCAAGUUUCCAAAUUAUGCCACAAGAUGGCUCUCUAUCUGUGCUCUCUCUCAUGGCGUCAUCUUUUUCUUGCCUUUUUAUAUGAUUACAUUCUCCUGGUUCUUAGUUCUAUACAACCAGAAAUAAACUUGAAUUUUAUAUAUUUUAAUAGUAAAUAGUUUUCUAUUCUUAUAAUGCACCACUUACUAAGAAUGUGGUAUGUACAAAAUUGAUAAGAAAUAUUUCAUAGACGUAGUCAAAUAUUUAUGGAUAUGAAUGUAGCCAAAAAGUUGACGUAUUUUUAACUAUUUUUGCUAAUGCUAAUGUUGAUUCAUUUUCAUUGUUAUAAUUAUUUGAGUGUAUUACGCCAUUAUAUUUGAUUAUUGUGAUAUUUAUAUACUUACCCACCUGUUGUAUUAUAGUAGCGGCUUUUAACGUAGCUUAUUAAUAAAAAUAUACUAUGCAGAUAUAAAGUUGAACAACAGAUUGUUGCAUUUAUAACUAGCGGUUGUUCUAUAGAAUUAAAUUACUUUUAACUGGCUGUUUCGUUGUUUUGGCAACCAUACUAUUUUUUUAUGUUGAUAUGAUUCCUGCCAUUGUGUUGCUUAAAAAUAUGUUGUGAAUUGAGAACGUAGGUAACUGUGUUGAGUUUGUAGCAAAAUGUACUUGAUUGU